AUGUCGCCCAUCCUCAAGCGCGAUGUCGCCGAACAGGUCCGGCAAGCUCGUCGCCUUGCUGCGGCCGCCGGAAUAGCAGACUACGAGGACUAUGAGUACGAGCUAGACUCGGUCGGCAACAGUCGACCCCGGUCAAGUAUCGAGACCAAGUCCGAGUUCAGCUUCAAUGCCGCGUCAGAUCGUAAUACGCAGUCCGCCUUUGCAUCGUCAUCAGCUCGUCGGCCUACGAGUUUCGAUUCCCAGCGUGCCCCGCUUCCACCGGAUAGUGUCCAACGUCCUCUGCUCGCGUCGGAACGGAAUAGCGUCGACUCUGCGUCUUCCGUGGACACUCAGCUCACGACAAUGAGUGCGAAGGAGGGCAAGCUGCAGGAUCUCAAGGGUCUUCUCUUCUCUUCGACCCCGUCGUUGUUGCUUGGCCUUAUCGGGCUCGUUUUUUCGGGAGAACUGCUCGAGCACUGUGCGCGAUGGCGCGUGUUCCGCAGGGUGGAUGAGCUCUUCAUUCUCGUGCCUAUGAUCGGGAAUCUGAAGGGUAAUCUGGAGAUGUGCCUUUCAGCUCGACUCGGAACAUCUGCGUCUCUGGGUGAACUCGACCAACGACGAACGCGCCGCGGGCUGCUGCUUGCCAACCUGACGCUGCUUGGCCUGCAGGCGUUGCUGAUUUCCUGCCUCGCGGCUAUCUUGUCGUUCCUGCUCGGUCUUUUCACGACUCACCGCUUGGGAGACGUUCCCUCGAACGGCUUCCCCUCAAAUGGGACCGUGAGCGACCCGUCGCAAAGCGAUCCGUGGCGAGAGGGCCGGACUCUGCCCGGCUUCGCGCAGCUUGUCAUGGUCCUUGCCACCGGCAUGGCUAGUGCCGGGUUCAGCUCCCUUGCGCUCGGCAGCUUCAUGUGCUCUCUCGUCGUGCUGUGCCGCUGGAAGGGCCUCGACCCAGCCUGUCUCGGAGAUCUGGUGACCAUCUUCAUCCUGGCGCUGUUCGGCACCGCCCUCGUCGGCACGAUGGACACUCCGGUCCCCUCGAUUCUGGUGCUUCUCAUGUCGGCUGCGGCCGUGUGGUUCACCAUCCGUGUGCUGCGCGUCGAAUGGGUCCGCAAUGUAGCCCGAGGCGGCUGGCUGCCGCUGAUUGGAGCCAUGCUCAUCAGCUCUGGCACCGGCAUGGUCCUCGCCAAGGGCGUUGGACACUACAAGGGCUUCGCGCUGCUCGCCAUCUCCAUGACGGGAUUGACCGGAAGCAUAGGCGCGAUCCACGCGAACAGGCUAUCCACGACGCUGCACGCGAACCUCAGCAACAGCAAGCACCACGGACUGUCGCCCAAGCAGAGUAUGGGCGUGCUCUUCCUCCUCAGCUUCCCCGUGCAGGGCUGCUUCCUGGCCUUCGUGAACGCUGCCGGCUGGACAGAUGUCAACCUCGCCUGGGCCGGGUGGCUUUCGUACAUUGCGACGACCAUCUUCAGUCUGCUCCUCGCCCACGGCCUCACGUUGUUCUGCUGGGCUCGGGAUAUGGAUCCAGAUGCCAUUGUGGACUUUGUUGGCCAGCUCUUCCUCAUGGGCGCUUACGAGCUUUGUCGCGCGACUGGCCGCACCAGCGUCAUGGCCGACUAG